GCAUCAGUCUCAAUUCGAUUGUGCCGCAAUGAAGCACGCUGUGACUUUGCUGCUGGCUCUGGUGGCAUGCCACGCCGUUGGCUCGCUGCGUUUACUCGAACGUCGUUGCAGCUCAAAGUCGCGACACCAACGCCGACUUAUAGGUGGCUCGGAUUCCGAAUUGUUUUCAACACCCUGGAUGGCAUAUAUGCAUAGAAAUGGCAAAUUUGUGUGCGCCGGAUCACUCGUCACUUAUCGCUUCGUUCUGACUGCUGCGCAUUGCAUACCAUAUCGGGAUGAGCUUGUGGUGCGACUGGGCGAAUACGAUGCUAGGACCCACACUGAUUGCAGGGAGCAAGGCUGUGCACUGCCUGCUCAAGACUUUGCCAUCGAGUCCUUCCAUCCGCAUCCUUCCUACACGACCAUCACGCACUAUGACAUCGCUCUGCUCAAACUCAAAACUCAAGUGGUGGAGCAAAACAACAUGACACCGAUCUGCAUUGUGUUGGACACGACGGACACGUGGCAGCGCUAUGUCGACUCCAUUGAACAGUUCUCUGUGGCCGGCUGGGGCAAGACCGAAACGGGUGCCUUGAGCCACGUACUCAAGGCGGCGAAUGUCACGCAGGUGGAUCGAGACAGCUGCCUGGCAGACUAUGGCUAUGACGCCACUGAGAAUCACAUCUGUGCUGGGGAUCUGGUGCGCCGUGCAUGUGAGGGCGACUCUGGUGGCCCACUGGUUACCACAGUGACCAAUCAACGCGUCGACUUUAAGGUUCAGCUCGGUGUUGUCAGCUAUGGCGAGAGCACUUGCAAUGGCCUCAGUGUAUUCACGAAUGUUAGAGCCUACAUUCCAUGGAUUGUAGACACCAUAAAGAACCACAACGCAUAGGAAACAGAUUGAGAAUAAAUAAACUAUAGA